GGAAUGAAGGAGGAACAGAGGGACUUGUACUCUUUGAUAAUAAAUCAAUUGGUACAUGAUGGAUUCAUCAAUGAGGCUACAAAGCUGAGUGAAUCAACGAUGAUACCAUGUCCUCUACCAUCAGAUGCAAGCAACAGAUUGUCACAAGUCAUACAAGGAACGAUAGGUCCAACAAAGGAUUCAAAUACACUAUUCGAUGAAAUGGACACAGACGGUAUUGAUACAAUUGGAGGAGAUAGAACAAAGGGAUUGGACUUUGAUAAUGCUGCGGCGAUGCAGAAUGUUACACCAUCAAAGGUGUCAUUCUUGACAAAGUUCAUAACGACUCAUAAGAAUGCAUGUAGAUGCGCCAAGUUCAGUUGGGAUGGAAAGUUUGUGGCGACAGGCUCAUCAGAUACAUCGAUCAAGUUGUUGGAUGUCAACAAGAUGCGCAAUUAUAAUCAAACAAAGAACGAGACCACUGAGGACUUUGCCCCAUCGCGACCCGUCAUCAGAACGUUCUAUGAUCACACACAGCCGAUCACCGACCUCGACUUCCACCCGUCGGCACCAAUCCUCGCGUCCGCCUCCAAGGACUGCACCAUCCGCUUCUACGACUACAAGUCGUCGCUGAAGCGCUCGUUCAAGUUCCUGCAGGACACACACAGCGUGCGCACCAUCAACUUCCACCCGUGUGGCGACAUGAUCCUGGCGGGCACCGACCACCACAUGAUCCGUCUGUACGACGUCAACACAUUCCAAUCGUUCACAGCGCGCAAAGUCAACGAACAUCAUCACGGCCCCAUCAAUCAGGUGCGCUACUCUGUCGAUGGCAACAUAUUCGCCAGUUGCUCCAAGGAUGCCACCAUCAAGAUCUGGGACGCAGUCAACAUGAGUCUGAUCAACACAUUGCCCAGUCCGCACAGUGGCAACGAUGUCACCUCUGUCCAGAUCUCAAAGAAUCAAAAGUAUCUGCUGUCCUGUGGACGAGACAGCUUUGUCAAACUAUGGGAGAUAUCCUCUGGUCGCAUGAUUCAAUCGAUCAACACUGGCGUCAACUUGUCCAACAACUCUCAGAAGAACAGACUAUGCGCUCUGUUCAAUUGUACAGAAGACUUUAUUAUUACAUUGGAUGAACAGCCAUCGUCAGUGGCAGUUUAUAACAGCAGAACAAAGGAGUGCGUGCAGAAGUUGUCUGGACACAUUCAAUCGAUACGAUGGAUUGCGUCAUCGCCUGUAGAGAAUGCUUUGAUGACUUGUAGCAAUGACCAUCGUGCAAGAUUCUGGACCGAGGACUCUCAACUAAACAGUGGCAGCGGCGGCGGCAUUGGCAGUGGAGGUGGCGGC